AUGGUCUUGAAGUUGUACGGCUCCCCCCUCUCCACUUGCACUCGGCGCGUCGCCAUCGUGCUCAAGGAGAAGAACGUCCCCUACGAGUUCUUCCCCGUCAACUUGGCCACCGGGGCGCACAAAUCUCCGGAAUACCUCGCGAAGCAGCCGUUCGGGCAGGUGCCCUACAUCGAGGAGGAGGACGGCUUCCAGCUGUUCGAGAGCCGCGCUAUCGGGCGGUACAUUGCGGUCAAGUACGCCGGGCAGGGCAACAAGGUUCUGCCUGAUCCCGCGGACCUCAGGGCUGUCGCGAAGUUCGAGCAGGCGGCGAGUAUCGAGCUGACCAACUUCGACCCGUUCGCGAGCCAGAUCGCGUUCGAGAAGGUGUUCAAGGGCGGGAAGGGUCUAGGCCCUGCGGACCCCAAGGUCGUCGAGAGCCUGACAAGGCAACUGCUCCUGAAGCUCGAUGCCUACGAAAUCAUCCUGUCGAAGCAGAAGUACCUCGCAGGCGAUGAGGUGACGCUUGCGGAUCUCUUCCACAUCACCUACGGCGCGAUGCUCGCUCCCCUCGGCGUCGACGCGCUUGAAGAUGCCUCGAAGAGGCCGCACCUGGCACGGUGGUGGAAGGACAUCACUUCCCGGCCUUCCUGGCAGGCUGUAAAGGACGGAGCUUAA